GAGGUUCAUGGUUAGGUUAACGUUAGCUAAAAACACUGCUAUCCCUGCUAGUCAGUUCAGCCACUAAAUGCAAGAGAUUGCAAGGAAAUAAACCCUCACAAACUAUCUUCAUUUAUUUAUAAAUAUGUAGGCACUUACAGGAGCACCCAUUACGUUUAAGGUAAGUAAAAGUCGGUAUACAUACCUCGGACUCCAAGGUUUGAGCAAGUGUGUCAUGUACGCAGCCAUGUUGAAAAUGCGGAAUGUCAGAAGAGGACCUCUGAAACAGGCAGGGAGCAGAUUGCCUGUUUUUAAAAAACAAUCCAGAAUCACAACUCUGUUCAUCAUUCCCAUGAUAUAUUAAUGAUGUAGUGACAUGCAAUGUUUAGGUUUUAUUUAUUACAAUCCAAUAAAUGUUGAUGUAUAUGUACAUGAUGCAAUAGCACAACGAGUAAACACCAUUCAUUUUAAUGCCACCCAUUCAUACGAGCACAGUUUACGGGACGCUAUGAGAGGCUAUGGCGUACCAGGAAGGCGAGUCGCUGGAAUCAUGGCUCAACAAAGCCACACACCCAACUAAUAGGCAGGAAGACUGGGAGUACAUAAUUGGUUUCUGCGACCAAAUCAACAAGGAACUGGAAGGACCACAAAUAGCAGUUAAACUACUCAUUCAUAAAAUCCACUCACCUCAGGAAUGGGAGGCACUUCAAGCUUUAACGGUAUUAGAGGCAUGCAUGAAGAACUGUGGGAAGAGGUUUCAUAAUGAAAUCGCAAAAUAUAGAUUCCUAAAUGAACUAAUCAAAGCUGUUUCACCUAAGUACUUGGGAGAUUCUGUACCAGAGAAAGUGAAAACCAAAAUAAUAGAGAUCCUGUAUAGCUGGACUGUGGCUUUUCCCAAUGAAACCAAAAUCAGUGAUGCCUAUCAGACCCUGAGAAGACAAGGACUCAUUACCUCAGAUCCAGAGCUCCCUGUUGACCGGAUGUUGCUACCAUCUCCUCCGACUCGGCCCAAAAACCCUGUGUUUGACAACGAGGACAUGGGAAAGCUGCUGGCAGAGCUGCUGAAAAGUAAGAACCCAGAGGACCUUCAGGAGGCCAACCGACUCAUCAAGAGCAUGGUGAAGGAGGAUGACGUCAGGGUGCAGAAAAUGACAAAGCGCAUGAAGACCCUGGAAGAGGUGAACAAUAAUGUCAAGCUACUGAGCGAGAUGCUAAGCCACUAUGACAAAGACAGGUCCUCCGAGUCAGAUCGAGACCUUAUCAGGGAGCUGUAUGACCGCUGUGACAAGCUGAGGCGCACCGCUUUUAAACUGGCCACUGAGACGGAGGACAACGACUCCAGUCUGGGUGAUAUUUUGCAGGCCAGUGAUGACCUUUCAAAGGUCAUUAGUCUGUACAGGAGGGUUGUGGAGGGGCAGACAGACAACGGAGACAGUGAUGAUCCAAGGCCAGCUGGCCCUGAGAGUAAUGCUGGGGCUGAAGUCACAGACACGCUGAUUGAUCUGGCAGGCUUUGAUGCCACAAAUCCUCCAUCUCCACAGUCAGUCCCUCCCCCAGCCAUCUCUAAUCUCUCCCCAGCCAAACAGACGGCCACCUCUAUUCCUGUCCUCCCGCCUCCGCCUCGCCGAUUGGCUGGGCCUGCGGGCAGCCAUGCCAGUCAGACUUCAAGCCCCAGUCGACACAUCGCCAAGCAGUCUGCUUCUCUCUCCCUGCUUGAUGAAGAGCUGCUAUCUUUAGGUUUGAAUGACCCAGCCCCAGGUCUUAGUAACCAAACACAGAAGGCCGAUGACUUCGCCAAACACCAGUGGGCAUCAUUGCAGGUCACUGAUACAGGUUUGGAUCCAUUCAGCCUGCAGGCCACAGGGCCAGCCUUCUCCGCAGCACAGACCUCUGCGUCUGUGUUCCCCCCUACCAGCCAGACGUUCACAAAAAACACCCCCUCUGGUCAUGGUCUGCAAGAUCUUUCCAUGUUGAACUUGGGGGAGCCUAAAAGCUUGCCUGCACAGCCCAUCACUGGCAACCCCUUUGUGACGGCCUCCGCUGUUCCUGUGCCACUGGGCCAUGCCACUCCAAACCCUCUCCUUCAGAUGGGGGCGCUCCCGGGCUCGCCCAUGCUGAGUCACACCCGUGCCCACGCCAUCAGCUCUGCGCCAGGAAGCCCUCUCUUCCGCUCACUGUCACCCACCCCUUCCUCCCUGCAGGGCAGCCCUGCCAAAGGCCCCGAGAUCUCCAUGACAAACCUCCAUGUACCGCUUGACAUCAUUAAGCCCAGUAAAGUUCUGCCUGUAACCGCAUACGAUAAGGACGGGGUGCGCGUGCUGCUCCACUUUGCUUCUGAGUGUCCGGCAGGCAGAACAGAUGUGCUGGUAGUGGUGCUGUCCAUGCUCAACACAGCACCUUUGCCCAUUCGCAACGUCAGUCUGCAGGCAGCAGUCCCCAAGUCCAUGAAGGUGAAGCUACAGCCUCCAUCCGGGACAGAUCUGGCACCAUUUAACCCCAUCCUGCCCCCACCCUCCAUCACCCAAAUCAUGCUGCUGGCCAAUCCCCUAAGGGAGAAGGUGCGACUGCGCUUCAAGCUGAUGUUUCUGCUCGGCGAGAGGCAGUAUGCGGAAGUGGGCGAGGUGGACCAGUUUCCCCCGCCAAGCCAGUGGGACAAACUAUGACCCAUGACCUCUGAACCCUGACCUACGGCUCCGGACCCUCUGUGUCCAGUGACCGCCUCCGCAGGGGAACGCCGGGAGGUGCGGGGGAAGAGUGCUGUUUCCAGGUGUCGCGCAGCUUGCACUGUCACCCUUUUUAUUCCAGUGUGCUUCUCAUUGUGUUGCUGACCAAAGGAAAAAAAAUAGUGCAGGUCCACCAAGUGUAAGUAUCACAUCUUACAGCAUUGACGAGCAGAACAACGCUUCGUCCUGACUGCUGAACACAACCAACAUGUGUAAUGUGGGCUAACAUGGAAAACAGGACACAGUCCCAUAAUGUCCUGCAUUCAGAUAAGCACACAGAUGGACAGGACCAUCUCUUAAUCCAUGUGGAGGUGAGAUGACAUAGUAUAGCAUUUCAUAGCAUAUGUUCUGUUUAUUCCUUUUAUAUUUUGGUUAUAAAGUGGACAAGGCAAAGUUAUCAUGAUAGAGGUUCAGGCGAGACAUGAGUUAACCAAUCUGUUAUUUACAUACUGUAAUUGUUGUCUGUAAUAUAAACUGAAUCAGUGACAAGCACCUUUAAAGGUACACUAAGUAAGUUUUCACCUUUCCAGCAGCUGAGCUCACUGUAGGUGGGUUUAACUGCUCCUUAUGUAGAUGGCCAGAAACAUCAUAUGGGUCUACACUUUAAUGGGCUGAAAAUGAAUCCACAUAAAUGGUAUAUACUAGCUAUUUAAGGAUUCUUUCUCUUGUUAUUGUACCUUUAAAGAUGCUAUAGUAGGUACAGUUGUGGUGUCAAGGGGUCUGAAAGCCUGACAAUUUAAAUGGCCGGCGCAUGUAGUCCUUUAAGCAUUUCACAGUGUGCCAUAAAUUUGCCAUAUGUAUUACUCCUAAGCCCCUCAUCCCCUGACACAUCUUACCAAAGAG